UGGCUUUCUCUCCCUCCCUCCAAUCAACGAGCCUUAGCGGCACUGACCCUUUUACCACCAAACCGCCCGACCUGUUGAAACCACCACCGCCAACCCCCCUAAAAUCCGCACAUCAUGAAUCACGAUAGUUUUUCUUCCCUCAAAUUUCGACGGCCGUCAAGCAAACUCCACAAGGACCCUCCUAGUGUCGGUUCACGCAUCCUGAAAAGUCAGCAGAGCAACACGUCACUCAAACGACACCCCUCAGCGCCCGUGUAUCCACGAUCGUCUGCCAGCAGAAGCCGAGAACAUUCGCGCACGAGAUCCAACGCAUACGGCUCUUCUUCAUCGUCUCUGGAUCAGAAUAGUGGGGGACCGUCUCCGGUUCUCGCAAAUAACGAAUCUGGCUACUUUUCUGGUAACCACAACACCACCAAACCUCGCCCACCCCACUCUGGACGCUAUUCCCUCAACGAUCAAAGUUCAGAUGAAUUGAUCGGUGCCCCGUUCGACUCACGGGGUAUGUUAAGUGCGUUGCAAGAAAAUUCUGCCGAGUCCGACAGACAAUCGACCGGAAGACCUCCGGCGUUGCGGUCCCAGACAACUCCCGACACACGAGGGCUCAGGCAAUCCGCUAGUUUCACCGGUCUACAUACCCGUAUGGACGCCUUCGUGAAUAGAACGGACAGCGAUCGCUCGACGAAUACGAAACGGUAUUCUGAUGAGGGAAAUGGAGGUAAACCGGUGGGGAGAAGCAAGAAGGCCAGCUUCUCUAGCUUUGUCAACAGCAUGCUAGGCUCCCCUCGUGGGAUUAAGAUAUCCGCACCAGAAAACCCCGUUCAUGUCACCCAUGUCGGCUAUGACAACCAGACGGGUCAGUUCACAGGCCUGCCUAAAGAAUGGCAACGGCUAUUACAGGAAAGCGGCAUCUCGAAGAAGGAGCAGGAAGAACAUCCACAGACUAUGGUUGAUAUCAUGAGAUUCUACGAAAAGAAUGCGCAAGGGGACGAUGAGGUUUGGCACAAGUUCGAUCAUGCGUAUCCCCAGCAUCAGCCGGUCACCACUUCGUCGUCGCAACCCAGCUCUGGUGGUUCGACCCCCUAUAACGCCGUGGGACAGCGAGCGUCGUCUCCCACGAGUCCGCGUUUCCCGCAAAACCACGAGGGAAGUUUUGAAAACCCACGGGCACCACCCCCAAUCCCCCGUGGUGCCCCGGGAGCAGCCCAGGCCGUGCCACCACCGGUCGGCGGCCUUGUGCCCAACCGGGCCCCUCCAAAGCCCCCAUCUGCUGCUAACAUGACACCUGCCCGGCCUGCUCCUCAGCCCCCAAGUGCUGCCUCAUACACCGCUUCACGACCGACCCAAGAUCCCUGGCCCCAGUUUGGAACGAUCCCCGAGAAUUCUCAACCAUUUAGUACACCCCCCAUACCGGAAUCCGAGCCUUUGCCACCAGGACCGCAGCUAAGCAGAUCAAACUCCAAGGCCAACGGUGCAACGGCUGCGUGGGGGGCACCGGCGGCUGCAUCUACGUCGACACAAUAUCAACAGCAACAGGAGCAAGCAAUGGCCGCAGCCCAGCAAGCAAUUGCGAACAAGCAGCUCGAGCGCAACCGAAGUCUACGCCAACAGCAGGCACAGCGGCCGGAACAGAAGCAGACAGCGCAGCCGACUCUGCAGCAUGCAUCGCCUGCGGAGGAUCCAUCUGCUGCCCUUCAACAAAGCGCGCGUGCCGUUCCUGCUGCUCGCCCCCGGCAACGCGCUCGCCAGAGUACUGCCAUGGAUAUACGGUCACGUUUGGUUGCCAUUUGCACUCCUGGGGAUCCAACCAAGAUGUACUACAACCUGAACAAGAUCGGCCAGGGCGCAUCUGGUGGAGUAUUCACCGCAUACCACGGUUCGACGAACCAUUGCGUUGCCAUCAAACAAAUGAACCUUGAUCUGCAACCAAAGAAGGACCUUAUCAUCAAUGAGAUUCUCGUCAUGAAAGACAGUAAACACAAGAAUAUAGUCAAUUUCCUGGACAGUUAUCUCCAUGGCCUGGAUCUCUGGGUUGUGAUGGAAUAUAUGGAAGGUGGCAGUCUUACCGAUGUGGUCACCUUCAAUAUUAUGAGUGAAGGGCAAAUUGCCGCUGUCUGCCGAGAGACUCUGGGUGGGCUGCAGCAUCUCCACUCGAAAGGUGUAAUCCAUCGUGAUAUCAAGUCCGAUAACAUCCUUUUGUCAUUGGACGGCAAUAUAAAACUGACCGAUUUUGGCUUCUGCGCCCAAAUCAAUGACUCCCAUAAUAAGCGAAAUACGAUGGUCGGUACACCGUACUGGAUGGCCCCGGAAGUGGUUACGAGAAAGGAAUAUGGUCGGAAAGUUGACAUCUGGAGCUUGGGAAUUAUGGCUAUCGAGAUGAUCGAGGGUGAACCUCCGUAUCUCACCGAGUCGCCGCUGCGGGCAUUAUACUUGAUCGCAACGAAUGGAACACCUACGAUCAAGGAUGAACAUAACUUAUCGCCUGUUUUCCGAGACUUCUUGCAUCUUGCGCUGAAAGUUGACCCCGAGAAGAGAGCUUCUGCACAUGACUUGCUGAAGCAUCCCUUUAUGUCCUUCUGUGCGCCUCUUUCUCAUUUAGCACCACUUGUGAAGGCUGCACGGCUCAGCAGGGCCCAGGAGAAAGCCCAAAAAGGAGGCCCUUAAGCCCCUUUGCACUUCUUUGUCUCUAUAUACGUCGAUGUCUUCUGUCUUCUCCUCCAGAUACCCAUUACUCUUGAUGUUUUCCUAUAUCUUGCUGGGCCAUGACAUGCUACUGCAGCAUUAUGGCAAAAUCUCAUGACGACCUCCCAUGCCCGUGUUUCUCUUCUUCUG